CUUGCACUAUCUCUUCACCUUCACCCAUCAAUACCAAAAUGACCAAGCUUACAAUUCUCCUCAUCGCUCUUCUCUUCAUCGCCCACACCUGCGGCGCCUCCAAAUGGCAACAGCACCAGCAAGAGAGCUGCCGCGAGCAGCUCAAGGGGAUCAACCUCAACCCCUGUGAGCACAUCAUGGAGAAGAUCCAAGCUGGCCGCCGCGGCGAGGACGGCAGCGACGAAGAUCACAUUCUCAUCAGGACCAUGCCGGGAAGAAUCAACUACAUCAGGAAGAAGGAAGGAAAAGAAGAAGAAGAAGAAGGACACAUGCAGAAGUGCUGCAGCGAAAUGAGCGAGCUGAAAAGCCCCAUAUGCCAGUGCAAAGCGCUACAGAAGAUAAUGGAUAACCAGAGCGAGCAACUGGAGGGGAAGGAGAAGAAGCAGAUGGAGAGAGAGCUCAUGAACUUGGCUAUUAGGUGCAGGUUGGGACCCAUGAUAGGGUGCGACUUGUCCUCCGAUGACUGAAAAAAAAGUACUACUAACACAUAUAUGUGUUAGUUUAUGCUAGCUAGAAGAACGUAUAAGCUAUCUCCGUAUGUUGUAUAUUAAUAAAAAGAUCAUCACUGGUGAAUGGUGAUCGUGUAUGUAACGUAGUGGGCAAUGGAAGCACUUAGAGUGUGCUUUGUGGCCUUGCCCUCUGUUUUGAUAACUGAGACUUUUGCGAAUACCGUUCGUUUUUCCCUUCAAGCAUCUGUUCUCGAGUUUAAAAU